CAGGCCAGUGUGGACUUUGAAAUGUGUAACAGGUAUUUGUGAUACUGAGGGAGCCUGGAGGCCAGCAUAGGAUUUAAUACACUGAUGGUCUCCUCUGGUAGCCAUAUGUCCCUUCUGCCAGAGGGAAGGGCAACGACUCCAUUGGUCAGAUGGGAACCCACUUCACAAGUUCCUGUGGAUUGCUGGCUUUUAUCUACCUUCCAGAAAUCCUCCUAUAGUCCAGGAUGAGCUCACUUCUGGAUAUAUGAACUGCCUUCUGGAAGUUGGGAAACUGGAGUUUCCUUUGGACCUGACAGAUUUUUAUCAGCGGCAAUGCAGAAGGAAAUUUGGGAGUCAAACAAUGCGGCGGUGCACGACCCAGGAUGGAUGUCCUCUUCGUAGCCUUCCUUGCGGUACCCCUCAUCCUGGGACAGGAAUACGAGGAUGAAGAAGAGCUGGAAGAGGGUGAUUACUAUCAAGUGGCAUAUUAUUAUUACACAGUUACCCCUAAUUAUGAUGACUUUAGUGUAAACUUCACUGUUGAUUACUCCAUGUUUGAGUCGGAGGACAGGUUGGCUACAGAAGGAGGUGACAACAGAGGCCGUAGAGACCACCAUCAGUCUUCAGACAGAAGCUGUGGACCAGCAGAACCCUGUAACAACGAGACCAGCGAGACCAACGAGACCAGCGAGACCAACGAGACCAACAACGAGACCAGCGACAACAGAGCCACAGAGUCCAGAUCAGAAUGGUGCUGUGUCCAGUCUGCAGAGUGCUGUGUCCUGUCUUCUCUUAUGGACCCUCCUUCAAGGGGGGAUGCAUCUUAUGUAGAAGGUAAGAGGCCAGCCACUGCUUUUGUGGGGGUGCUCCGAAGUAAUUCUUACCAACCUGCUCAGUUCUCCUAUGCUUAAGGAAAGAAACGGGAUCACAUUUAGAAAUAUCUAACCAUCUAACCUUGAAGAAAUUUGUAAUAAAUUGAAACAAAGACUUUUGUGAUGUCAUUUUUUUUUUAUUCUAAUCUGGGAGGACUUAAGACCUCCCAGGAGAAGGCAGGUUGAAUGAGGGAGACUUUCCCAAACUCCCAAGACUGGAAAACCAGGGCUGGUUCCACUCUGGCCAGGUUUGAAGUUAUGGCAGGUGCCAGAGGUCAAAAUGGGUGUGUGCUACAACCCUGUAAGAGCCAAGAGGCAAAGUUCAGCAGGAGGAAGGAAGCAUGAAAGGGACACGUCUUUCUCAACAAAGAGUGGAGAUCCCAUCUUAGAACAUGAACUCCGCGGAGUCUGCACAGAGACGGGAGCGAGGGCAGACUUCUUGGCCUCUUGAUCUUGUGCUUUGGCUUUAUUGUUUUUAAUUAUGUGUAUGUAUAGAGGAGGGGUGUGGAUACAGGAAUGGGGUGCUUAGGAGGCCAGAGGCACCAGAGCUCCGGGAAUGCGGUCACAGGUGUUUGGGAACCACCUGGCAUAAGUGCUAGGAACUGAACUUAGCUGGCAGACUGUCAAUUGUCGGUGGUGGCACAUGCUUUUUGGUUUUUCUGU